AGAGACUCAAACUUUGAAUUGAUUGAUUAGUUAGAGCCAAAAUGACUGCUGAAAAAUACGAAUAUCCUGCUCUCGCUUCCCAAGAAGACAUGGACGCUCAUGACGUUCCAUUCGUGCAUAGAGACCACUGUGCUGCCCCAUUGAUCGAAUACUACAAGUGUCUCGACAAGGGAACCUCCUUCUGUGCCAAGACUAAGGAUGAGUUCUUCAAGUGUCAAUACUUCACUCUUAAGGACAGACUUGCUGCUCACAAAUAAACUACCUUUGCAUGUUCGGCACUGCUUUAGUAGAGUAGGUUAACUCUCGAAGAAGAGGAAAUGAAAAGGGCAAAGGCAUGGUAAACCAUACAUCGGGUUAUUAGGAAGAAUUAGAACAUAUGUUGAGUCGAACACUUUCCAACAUAUUCUACCUUUUUACUACUAUCGCUGAUUUUUUUCUUCUACUUCUAAAAUCAAAUUCGAACAAAAGCUAUGUAUAAUUAGAAUCAACUUACAAUAUAUAAAUAUCAUUUUUAAAC